ACGGUGGGGGCGGAGGGGUCUUGGCUCCGUGUCGAAACGCGACUGACCGUUUCAAACGACAAUUGUCGUAUUUUAUUUCCGUGCCCCGUGGCUGUGGAGUCGGACGACGUCCGGAAAUAUCGAAGAACGAAAGGUAUGUGAUUUAACCAUAAGUACCAAAUACGGUUUAUCGCGGUCGAGUACGUAGUUUUCGUGAUAAUUCAAUAUUCUUAUGGGAAUUUAAUACAACCGAGACCGCGCAUUUUUCCCGGAACUUUAUGAUUUGAGAAAUAAAAAAAAACCGCAUUCGGUUAGUAAUGCAAUCCCAUCAUUUCGGUACGCUAUUAUUUCGGUGCGGAGAUCGAUGCGCGGCGUGUGGGUGCAGAGGCCCGGGAGUAUACCGCGAUCGUCGAAAAGUUCUGUAGGUACGAUACCCGGGUAAAUUACACUCGGAUGCUUGUGAAUCGAGUGUUGUUGUUGUUGUUGUUGUUGCUGUACAACGUUCGCUACGAAAUACGCGUUUGGUGUAUUUUCCGUUUCUUCUUCCGGGUCGGACCACACGACCGCCCGAGGACCGUACGGGGAAACGGUAUAUCGGACUCGACGGCGCCUGCUUUUCGUACGGUCCGACGGCCGGUACGCUCCCGGACCCUCCCGGUACCUACGGCGAUGCAUUCGCUGCCACCCCCCCCCCCCGAUAACGGGACUAACGCUUUGACGCGUUACGUUUGUCGUUUUUCCGGAGAGCCGCCGCGCGGUUCGGGCCUACGGGUCGAACGCGUUGCCGACCGGCCGUGGGUUUCUUCCGGACGGGAUCGCCGUCGAAACGUUCCGCGGCGCCGGCGAAUGUAACCGCGUGGGCCCCGUUAUACCAACGCACCUAACCGCGCGACAUAUCGUACCCGUUUUGUAACACCGAAUAACGUUGUAACUGUUUUUUUUUUUUUUUUUCUCUUUUCGUUUUUGAUUUCACGUCAGUCACCGGCCCGUCGUCGUUGUUAUGGACGCCGGCGGCGACUCACGACGAUUGGCCCGGCGCGACGCCGGUGUGUUUUGUUGACGUGCCGGGGAACGUUGCGACUUCCGACAAGAAGAAAAAAAAACGGAAUUUUUUUACCGGCCGACCGUUCGCCGAGCAGAUGUACUGGUCGUGUCGCCCUCCCUCCCCCCCUCCGCGGGGAGGUCCCGAGGAUCCCGGCCGGGAUUCUUGUGGCCCGUCGGUCCCGUGCGAAGCGUACGGGGGCGGCGACGAGGCCGUCCUGCUGCUGCUGAUAACGAAAUCGAAAACGGUCGAAACAUCCGACGUUCGUAUACUGUUCUUUAUCGUAAAAUGUUCGUGUAUUAUUAUUUUCCAUUUGUUUUUCUCCAUCGUCAUAGCAAUAUAAUUUGAUAAUCCGUAUUGGUUUUCAGCACGUAGCCACUGCGCUGUGAAGAAAUUCUGUUUCGCGCGGAUUAAAUUCAAGGAGGAAAAUUGUCCACGGUAUUUUUAGAUUAUUAUUAUUUUUUUUUUUUUAUUUUAAUUGGAUUGUAAACCGCUGUUUUUAAAUUUUUUCUGUUUUAAUUCAAAUUAUUAGCAAAACCCAGUAGAGUAUUUGAGGUUUUACAAUAUACUGCGUAUACUUAUUAUUCCUGUGGUUUUUUUUUUUUUUUGUUUUUUUUUUUUAGCGUAUACUCUCCUUAUAAACGACGAUAGCCCUGUAUACCUAUUAGAAUUUCGGUGGCUAAAACAAAACGUUCUACAAUUAUUCGCAAUUUUCAUUUCUCGGACGGUAUUUAGUAUUCACUGUAUAGUGCAUUACAUUAUUAACCGAUUAUCAAAAAAAAAUUUUGAAAACUAAACACCAGUAUCAAAUGCCGAUAUAAAUAUAAUAUCUUAUUUUAACCUGUUAUGUUUGUAAAUAAUUUAGAAUAUGUAAAAUUAUAUAUACAUGUAUAAUCGUGUGCAUUCAUAUGAAUGUGUGCCCUUGUGGAUAUGCAGGUUUAAGAAUAUAAUAUAUAUGUAUGUUCUCCGUACCUCAAAUCUAAAUCGUUUAUUAAUAACAAUGAUUUUUUAAAUUAUUUGGAAAAGCUAUAGUCUAUAAUCAUUUAAUCGGCAAUCACUAACCAGUUACUGGCAGUUAGUAACCAUUCUUAUUUUUUAGACUAUACAGCCCAUACUAAUUUUUUUAAGUUCUUCGUUGGUAAAAGUGAUAAACCUGUAAUAAUGUAUAAUUAAUGUUGUUUUUCAUUUUUCAGUAAUAUUUUAUAAGCAAACCGAGUUUAUUACUUGCAGUCAGCAGAGCGCGAGCACUAUUCACUAUUUACAACAGAGUGCGACCAGGGGUUCAGUUUAAUGAACAAUACGUGCACUAAGCUACGUUCUAUGUUAACUGUUAAACAUGUAGUGGAUCUUAUGUUUAAAAAUGUCAAUAAGUAACCAGAAUCAAGGGUAGAAAAAAAAAGUUUAUGGACAAUACUUUAGAUAAUAAUAGCUAUUAAAAUAUGUAC